AUGACAAUCGACGACAAGUUCUUUAAAGAGAUGUUCUUAGAACGUCUGCCGACGUUGGUACAAACAAUUUUGGCCUCUGGCUCCGACGACCUAGACAUAUCAAAGUUAGCGGCGAUGGCUGACCGUAUGAUGGAGGUUGAGCGUUUUUCAUCCACGACGAUUGCUCAGGUGUCCCAGCCUCUCACCGUGUCCACCUCUGACUUGGCUGAAUUAAAGACACAGAUUGCCCAGUUGUCAGCGACUGUUGCCGCUUUGCAGCUGCGCCGAUCCCCCAGUCCCUCUCGACGUUCCUUCGGCCGUGACCGUCGUCGCUCUUGCCCUCGCCCCAGGACCGCCAACCCAUGCUGA